GCUUUUCUAAGAAAUUUGUAGCUUUUGAAACUGGAGCUUUAGAUCUCUUUUCCUUAGCUCUUCAAAAGAGAUAUAACUAUUGCACUUUUUAGAGAUGAUAAUUGCAAAUUCGCUAGCAACCAGUCUCCUAAAGAGAUCUUCUUUACUGUUGCACAUUGCAAGUCAUCACAAGUUCAGUAGAUCACUUAAAUUCGAUGUUUCCUUUGGAUUAAUAAGCAGGACAUUAACCACUUUGCCUGAUCCUCCUCCAUCGUUUGGUUACUGCAACAUUUCUCCCAUAAAAUCAUUAAUUGAGGUCUCUGGUCCUGAUGCCUCAAAGUUUCUCAAUGGUUUAGUUACUUCAAGGGUUUUGCCCAAGUUUAUCAAGAAAAACGUCACUACCAUCACAGAAAAGGAUGCUCUUGAAGAAUCAAAUCAGAAUUUGAAUAUCGAUACAACAAAAAAUUGGGGCAUUAUAAAUGAUGAUUCGCUAUUGAACGAAUUUAAAAACGAACUUGGUUACAAGAGAACUGGGCUCUUUUCAAUGUUUUUAAACUCAAAAGGACGAGUCUUCACUGAUUGUUUUAUCUACCCAAAAAUUACUGAUAUAUCGCAAGACAAAAGCUUUACUGAAAGCAAUCCAACUUAUUUUGUUGAAAUAGAUAAAAAAAUAUCUUUUCAAUUGUUUACAAUGCUAAAACUUCACAAAUUGUCUUCAAAAAUCUCGUUGAAGUUACAUUCAUCUCUAGAUAAUCAACAAAAGGAUGAUUCACUCAAAAUUUGGUAUCUUUACAAUGAUAAUCCUGUUUUUAAGGAAAAUUUAUACUGUGACAAGCUAAAUUAUUUGCAAAAUAAUAAUGAGUUUAAAUCUCCUACUAUCUCUCUCAAAAAAUUGAUAGAAUUCUUCAAUCAAAACAAGAUUUUUAAAAGUGAUUAUCCCUUAAAAAUUCAUGGGUUGGCGGUUGAUGACAGAGCUCCAGAAUUUGGUGUUAAAGUCAUUACUGACAGUAAAAUAAAUCUUUUGAAUCACAUAAACUCUGAAUGGUUGGUUCUCGAUGAUAAGAUCCCAAUUCCUGAAGUCUCAACUGACAGUCUCAUGAUAAGAAGGCUUCUUAAUGGUAUCCCCGAAUCAUCUUUCGAAUUAAAACCUAACCAGCUCUUGCCUUUAGAAUGCAAUCUAGAGUUAAUGAAUGGAGUUUCGUUUAACAAAGGAUGUUAUAUUGGUCAAGAAUUGACUGUUAGAACUUAUCAUACUGGUGUGAUAAGAAAAAGAAUUGUUCCAGUUCUAUUAUCUUUAAGUGAUAAUAUGAAUGGUUUGUCGUACUCUCCAAAUGAUCCAGUUUGUGAUAUUAUUGGAAAUAACUGCUCUUUACUAAGAGAUACAGAAAUUUUGGUCGAAGAAAUUAAACAGGAGAAUGAAUCAGAAACACCUGGUAAUCAAUCUAGUCAACAAUAUGGGUUUUCACCUUUUGAAAAUUCAACAGUUAAACCAAAAAGACGAAGAAAAUCUCCUGCCGGAACUAUUCUAGCCGUUAAAGGUAACAUUGGAUUAGCUAUGAUAAAGCUUGAUGAAUUCAGUUCUCCAAAUAAAAAUUUUUACAUAACGCCCAUCUCAAUAGAAGAUAAACUUGAGCAAAAGGUUUACAUAAAAGCAUUUGUUCCUGAAUGGUGGCCAAUAGAGGAAGAAAGCUAG